CAUGGAAACCCAGCUCAACCUCGUCAGGAACGGACCCCAUCGCGCGGCCGACGUCUCUAAUUGGUCAGCAACGGCUGCGUGCGUGUUCCUUCCUUGGCCUUUCAUAAGUCGUCUUUCUCCUUGACCAGCCAUUAGCGUCGAUCGAUGAUUUAGCACGGAGAGGCUCAAGGCUGUCCACACAGGUUAGCUUUUCUUCUUCCUCUAGUUAACCUCCUCCGUUUUGAAGCUCUUGUUGUCGGCCGGGCUUCGUCGGCUUGUUGAUUCAGCCAGUCACUCAGUCAUCUGCUGUAGCCUGGAUUGUUCGAUCGUUCUUGGAGCUCGCAGCUGGAGCGAGAGACGUAGACUCUAAACAAGCUUACAGCCCGGAUGCGUCGCCGACAUGGUGAAUGCAGUGGCUACAAUCAUAUCUACAGUAGCCUCAACUGCGACAGUGGUAGUAAUCGUCGCCCUCAUCAGAAGGUGCCGCGUCGUGAGGAAGAAGAUGAAGAAGAAAAUCGUGAAGAAAGUCCUGGAGGAGAUUGAGAAAAAGAACCGCGAGAUGCAGGCCAGCAACGCCGUGGAAGAUGUGGCGAUCGAGGUCGGGCCAGUGGAGACGUUUCUCAACCAGAUCCUCAACGAGAAGCCGAUGCGUUUCAGCUCCGAGCAGCUGGCGGCCUGCACCCGGAACUACUCGUCGGAGCUAGGGUCCGGCGGCUACGGCGUGGUCUACAAGGGCGAGCUGCCGAACGGCCUGCUGGUGGCCGCGAAAGUCCUCAAGGUGUCGUCCAUGAACAGGAAGGUCCAGGAGGCGUUCAUGGCGGAGAUCGGCACCAUCGGCCGGACGUACCACGUGCACCUCGUCCGCCUCUACGGCUUCUGCUUCGACGCGAGCACCAAAGCGCUAGUGUACGAGUUCCUGGAGAACGGCUCGCUGGAGAAGUACCUUUACGGCGGUGACGAGGGCAGCACGACGAGCACGAGGCUGGAGUGGGGGACGCUGCACGGCAUCGCCGUCGGCACGGCCAAGGGGAUCAGGUACCUGCACGAGGAGUGCCAGCAGCGGAUCGUGCACUACGACAUCAAGCCGGCCAACAUCCUCCUCACGGCCGACUACACCCCGAAGGUGGCGGACUUCGGGCUGGCGCGGCUGGGAGAGCGCGAGAACACGCACAUGUCGCUGACCGGCGGCGGCCGCGGGACGCCUGGGUACGCGGCGCCGGAGCUGUGGAUGGCGAUGCCGGCGUCGGAGAAGUGCGACGUGUACAGCUUCGGGAUGGUGCUGUUCGAGAUCCUGGGACGGCGCCGGAACUACGACCCCUGCCUUGAGGGCGAGAGCAAGGAGUGGUUCCCGAGAUGGGUGUGGGAGAAGUACGAGCAGGGUGAGAUCGAGCACGUCGUGUCCUGCUCCUGCGACGGGAUCGUCGGAGGGGCGGACAGGGAGAAGGCGGAGAUCAUGUGCAAGGUGGCGCUGUGGUGCGUGCAGUUCCAGCCGUCGGCGCGGCCGACGAUGAGCAGCGUGGUGCGGAUGCUGGAGGGGGAGAUGCCCAUUGUCCCGCCCGUGAACCCGUUCCAUUAUCUCAUGGAAAGCGGCGGCGGCUCAACUAGCUCGGGAUUGUGGAGCGGCACAUACCAGAGCAGCAGCAGAGACACCGCCGGCGCAGAGUUGUCGCCUGUCGGAUAGCUCUGCUGCCAGGUCAAUCGGCGUCGACGCGCCGUGAUCGAAGAUGUUGAGCGGACUCGUGGGGGGUCGUGUUGAUGAAACAGAGUUUGUAGUCCUGUAGUACACAUUAGUUAAUGCUUUAAAAAACAAUGAAGGCCGUGGUUUGUAAAUUAGCAUCGUGUUUUGGAGGACUAUAUAAAAGAUAAAAGAUUCGCGCACGACAAAAAAAAAUCGUGCAUGCGUUGAGUGAAAUGUACUUGUACCGGCAGGUACCAAAAGAUAGACCAUUAUUUUAGGGGAAAGUUAGGUAGUAUUUGGUUA